GGUCGGAACAACAGCAAGUUACAUGCUAUCAUCACAAUGAUGCAAACAAUGAAUGGAUUGUGAAAAAGAUUCGUAAUAAAAAAUCUUCCGAAUCUCCGGAGUCAGAUGAAUCGUCCGAAUCGUUUAACAACAAAACCGAUAUUGAGUUUAUAAAGAAUAAUGAUGUGAUCCGUUUAUUACACGCUAAAACGGGACGGAACCUCCAUUCUCACCAAGUGAAGGCACCUGUCACGAAAUCGCAAUGGGAAGUCAGCUGUUACGGUAAUGAAACCGUUGGUGACAGUAAUGAUUACUGGAUUGUUGAGGUGUACGAUGAUCUAAAUGUCAAGACCGAUAGAGUUCGUUCAUUGACCACUCGUAUACGAUUCCGUCACAAAGUUCAUAAUUGUUAUCUUCGAGCGGCGAAUGUUGUCUUGCCACAAUGGGGAUUCAAGCAAACAGAGGUCACUUGUGACAAAAGAAACAACCCAAAGGAUGUAUUUACGCAUUGGAAUAUUGAACGUCAUUGGAAUGAUAAAUUGCCACCGGGUGGAAAAUCUCAUUAUAAAUCAAGAUUUUUCAAUGAUUUCUGGCACUUGAAUGUUGCCAUGUAUACUACGAAUAAUGCCCUUGUUCCUGAUCCUGAUAAGGAUGACAUUCUUGCGUCUUCCCCACGUCAAUGGCCAAUUAUGGAAGUCGGUCUUCGAAUGUGUUCAUGGGCUGACAAUGCCGUCAAGUAUUAUCUACUUGGCAACCCCUUCGUUUGGUUACCUGGGACUGCUUCAUUGGUUCUUUACCUUCUUGUUCUAGCUUGGUAUAUUGUCAGGCGACAACGUCAAUAUCGAGAUCUUACACCAGCACAAUGGGAUCAUUAUCUGUACAUCGGAAAGGUCUGUCUGGUUGGAUGGUUUUUACAUUAUAUACCAUUCUGUAUAAUGGGUCGCGUUACGUAUCUACAUCACUACUUCCCCGCACUUUAUUUCUCAAUCUUAAUGGCCGGAUAUAUCGGUGACCAUUUCACUUCGAAACUCAACAAAAAAUUCAAGGAUAUUAUAUUCGGAAUAAGCUAUUUGCUAAUCGUUGGAGUAUUCCUAUAUUUCAAGGAUGUCUCAUUUGGAAUUACCUAUCCUUCGAAGGAGUACAAGAGUAGAAAAUGGUUUAGCACUUGGAAUAUUGCGGACUAA